AUGGGCUUUUUCAACUCACUCAAGAGACAGGUUCUUGCGAAAGAGGCGGUGCCUAGAAGGACAGGACGCCCCCAAACUGUUGCCAAGGAGAACGAGCUGGAAUCGAGUAUCUCAAAGGGAAACAAUGCCGAGAUCGUUGUCUAUGAAGAUCUGGACUCAAGCUGGGACGAUGUUCCCUAUAUCGACUUGGACUUGAAGCUCACGGCAGAGGAGAUCCACUACCGUGAGACCUCCAAGAUAUUCAAGAUCAAAAAGUUCUUGUGGGAUGGAACUGGAAGACACCCUCUUGAACAGCGCUACUUGUUGAAGUUGGACUUCUUUUUGUUGAGUUCGUCGUGCUUAGGGUACUUCAUCAAGAACCUUAACCAAUCGAACAUCACCACUGCCUUCGUGAAUGGUAUGGAAGAAUAUUACACCAUGAACCACAACCAGUACAAUUACAUGACCACCCUUUUCACCGUUGGAUACAUUAUUGGCCAGAUCCCCUCGAAUCUUAUUCUUCACCGUCUUUCCGCCAGAUUCUACUUGGGUAGCUUGGAAGUGUUGUGGUCUCUCUUAACGGUACUUAUGAUCACCUGCGGUAAGGAUAAUAUUAAAGGUAUUUAUGCUAUCAGAUUCUUCUUGGGGUUCCUUGAGAGUGGUUACUUUCCCGGUUUGGAAUGGUUACUUGGAUCAAACUACAGCACAGCUGAACUCUCCAAAAGAAGUGCCUUUUUUGCUGUAGCUGGUAAUCUUAGUGGAAUUAUUUCUGGACCUUUACAACAAGCUAUUUUACAAAGAUUUGGAAAGUCGAGUCUUCCCCCAUUUAAGUGGAUGUUUGUGUUUGAUGCUGUUAUUAGUUUCCCAAUCGCCAUCUACACCAUGUUUGUCGAUCCAAACACUCCCUCCACAACUGAUGCUUGGUACUUCUCAGAGCAAGAUAAGUUGGUCGGAUUGGAGAGGAGAAGAAGAAUUGGUGCUGAAUUGACCACCAGAACUCCUUACACCUGGGCCAAAAUUAAGUCCUUCUUCAACACCUGGCAUAUCUACGUUUUCCCACUCUUAUUCUUGGCUUACAACAAUACUUGUGCUGCUAACAGUCAGCCUACAUUCCAGACUUGGAUGAAAAUUACACUCAAAGAGCCUUCGCACGUUUAUAACACUUACACUUCUAUUGUGGCAGCUGUUGGUAUAGUGCUUACUGUUAUAUUUGCAUAUGUGAAUGAUUUCCUUGGAGGUAGAAAAAAUGUGUUCUUUGUUGCUGGGUACUUUAUUUGUUUGAUUAUCGGUUGUGCUUCAUUGUCAUACUGGGAUAUACCUAGAGGAUGGCAUUGGUUCUCAUAUUUCUUGAUAGGUUCUCCAACUUCAUGGGGUCAACCAUUCAUCUUCUCGUGGGUGAACAGAUUGUUGUUUGCAAAUGAUAUGAAGAGAAGUUUUGUUGUUGUUAUUACCAAUACCUUGGCUUACGUUACAGGUGCAUGGGUUCCAAUUUUGACUUGGAAUACUGCUGACAAACCAAGAUAUUUUAUUGGGUUCACUUACACCGCAUGCUUAGCUGCUUUUGGAUUGGUAAUGACCGCAAUCGCGUAUUACUUGACAAAGCGUGAUGAGAGAUUGGCAAAACAAGCUCAAGAAGAACAAGCUUCUCUUCAAAGCGAAGAAAGUACCUCGAUACGAGCAAAUAACGAAAAGAUAUAUUCUACGGAUAUUUAA